GUCAGUUGAACAGUUGGUAAACUAAGAAACUCUUACAUUACAUCAUCGAACAACCGUAAACUCACACCGAUCUUCAACAAUGGCAUGUUAUGAAGACAAAACACCUCAAGGUCCAACAAGUGAAAAUAUGGUAAGAAAUCCGCCUGAGCUUCAAUGUCUUGAAAUCCAAAUCCCGAGCAGCAAAUCAGAAGGAUUUCCGGCAGUCCAUGAUGAUUACGAAGCUAUAACGAAUUACGCCGGGCGAAUGAACUUAUCUGUUGCCUCUGAGUCGUCUCUUGUUGAACCUUUAUCGUUUGGGUCAGUUCCUUUGGACCAACAGUCUCAGCAAGCCAGAACGUCAUGUUCCAGUGCAUCAAAGGAUUCAUCUUGCUACUACCGUCCCGGACCAAUCCUGUAUGGCUCCUCGGGUACGCUCCCGAAGCAAGGAUCCAGUGCAACCUCUGACUUCCAGUCUACUUCGAUGUGUUCCACGUCUAAUCGUAGCGUGCUAGAUUAUCCGUGUUCCUUUACACCCGCUACCACAUCAGCGUCAGCCGCUAGGCACACUUACACUCCUCAGAAUGACCCCAAUUUGCUCCCUGGGAGAGGCGAGAGCAGCGGGGUUGUUUGGUGCAAAGAUGCGUUGAAGGCGUUGUCAAUUGAUAAGCCGCUACAAUUGAAACAAGCAGCUACCUAUCAGGGCCAUCAACUGCCACUGCAGACUGCCUCUUGUAGCGUAGACAUCGAAAACAGGAGCAAACCAUAUCAAACAGGCAUUGAAGCUCUCACCAGUAAAAUGAAGAUCCCAAGGUAUGUGUUCCAUCCAAACGAAGCCCUGCAGCCACCACAGAAACUUGUUAAUCCCAGCGAGCCCUUUCCCUCUGGAAUAGUUAAUGCCAGUAACGUUCACAGAUCUGAUGGCCAAAGAGUGGCAGAAAACAGCAGCUCUGUGCCGAAGUCAGACUUCCAAAUGGGCACUCCAAACGACCAGCGUUUUCAGGACCUGCAGACGGCACUAUGGAAAGAAAAUUACGCUGCCUUGUAUCUGAACCAGAUGGCGCAGUCAAUGAAUAAAAACACGCCUUUCAACAGCACGCCAUUUCCUUACGUGCCGAUGAGAAGUCAGGAGCAACAACCCAUGAACAACAGCCUGACGCAGGUUGCACCUGCUGGUAACAUUCAUCACAAUCUACCUGGUUUUCCUGUUAGCAAUGCCUUUAGGCAACCGUUGCUUCCUUCAGCAGAUUUCUGCAGUGCACAAUCUUCUGCAGGGACAAAUGUGACGUACACUGCUGCUCUCGCUGAUCAGUUUACUUUCCAAAGCACUACCCAACAUGGAAAGUUCUCUAACACUAUGAUGCCCUCCCAGUUGUCGUCUGGUACAGCCACGACUACUCCAAGACCCGUUGGAGCCGUCAAUUUUGCCCCAUACACCGUACCUGUGCCUCUAUCUGCACCUUUAAGUCCAUUCUUUGAAGCAACCAUUAUGGGUCAGCAGUUCUCUCCUCGGCAGAGCUAUGCACCUGGGAACUCAAGAGAACGGACCAGCGAACAAGCAGUGCAGCUCCCCUCGACUCUCCCAACAGCCAUUCAACCCAAGCCCUCCCCAGCUGGGUAUGCCUUUGAUCCCGUGUCUCUCUUUCACUUUCCUCGAGGGUUGGGUUUCCAAGCUCCGAUACCGUUUGUUCCCAGGGGAUUUCCUGUUCUUCAAUACCCGGAUCCGGGUACGAUGUUCCGCGAGGCGAACUUGUUGAGACUUGAUCCUGCGAAUGACGGGACCACUCCUGUCGUCGAAGAAACGUCGCCAAGAACACCAGAGCUUUCCAAUAUCCCAGAGGAAAACUGUCGCGAAGACGAAACUCCCCCUCAGAAACAAACGACCUGUGCAAGUGUCGCAGCAAAAAAACUCCAGCAAGUACAUCAGUGCAAAGUCUGUUCGAAAGUUUGUGCGCGAGCCUCAUCUCUCAAGGUUCACAUGCGAACCCACACAGGAGAGAAACCCUUCUCGUGCAAAGUUUGCAAACGAACUUUUGCACAGGCCGGUGGCCUGAAAUCACAUGUCCGCAGCCAUACGGGUGAAAAGCCAUAUAGAUGUGACGUCUGUCACCGGUACUUCUCGCAUUCCACAGCCGUAAUCAAUCACAAGCGGACACACACUGGGGAGAAACCAUUUGCGUGCGUCCACGAGGGAUGCGGCAAGUGCUUCGCUGACCAAUCAACGUUGAAGAAACAUCAUAGAACCCACACAGGAGAGAAGCCAUUCCCAUGCCCGUACUGCACCAAGAAAUUCACCCAGCUGGGAAACAUGAAUAAGCAUGUGCGAUGUAAACACAGCAAAAUGAGCAAGUAAUAGUUCCUUCUAAAGCUAAAUCUUAUCUGUCAUUCGUGUGAGUUACAGUGCUGUUUAAAGUGUUUUCUUUAGCAAAAAUUAAUAAUUGUGUUGAACAUAAAGGUUAAGAAAUUUUGAGUUUUUGACUGCAAGCAAGGCAGGCACUGUGUUAUGGUUUUCACAUAAUGUAGCUCCUAUGAGAAGCUGAAACUACUUAGUUUAUCACACGAUAGCGUUUACGCGUCUCAGCCCGGUAACGGUAGGAAGAGUACACGAACUGAUAACCAAAGAUAGUUGUAAAGUAAAAAUGGAAAACCUCGAAACUAGAGUUCACAAAUAUAGGGCGUUAUAUCUUGGCAUAUUCCAUAACAGAAAUUACGUUCAAUCAACAAAAAGCUUCAGAGUUCCACAUGUGAAUGCAAAGUAGCCGCGUUUCUUUUCGCGCGCUCAUUUUUCAUGUAAUGUCGCUAAUUGGUCGACCGAAUAAGCAACAACCAAUCAGAGCCUUAGGGGCGCUACGUCAUCACUUUAACAAAUAGAUUCCGUUUUGCCUUGCGUUCAGAAUGUUCAAAAUGUGAUAAGAGCAAAAAAAUAACCGAGUGUGUCCCUGAUGUUCUUGCCACAUUUUGGCGUCUGCUGUGAUUAAUUACCGAACAGGCGCACGGCAACA